UCAAUGUCAAUCAUUUCAAGUCAACAAAUGUCAUUUAUGUGAGAAAAAAUUAUCAAUGGAAAACAUCAAUUUGUGGCUUUUAUUUCUGCUAUUAUUAUAAAAAAAACAUAUGUUUGAGUGUCUAAGAAAAUUGAGAAAGAUCUGUAUUUGAGUAUUUUGUGAAGACUAUAACACGUAGGCAAUUUUCAGAGUAAGAAUUAUACAAUGGAUUCUGAUGGAGAAAAGGAACAAUUACUCAUUGGUCCCUCUAAGCCCAGUGUACGAUGUGAUAUUGUGAAUGAGUGUCAAAUGUUUCUGAAAUCUGAAGAGGGAGGCGGUGAUGCACAUACAAUGAACCAGAAUAUUGCACCUGAGAAAAGUGGUCGGUCUAAUUUCAUUACUCCUACAUCAUAUGAAACUAAAGAGCCACUAUCCAAUGACGCUGCAGCAGAAAAUACAGAAUUUGAGUCUGAUGGAAGUACAAAGCAGUCUUUAGCAGAGGCUGUCAGUGAGGCAGGCCUCCAAUCUUCAGACAACAGCUUGCCAAGCACAGUGACUAUCCUCGAUGCACCGGACGGGGGCAAAGUGUAUUUGGUUGGCACUGCUCAUUUCAGUUUAGAAUCACAGGAAGAUGUAUCUAAGGUGAUACAACAAGUAUGUCCUCAUGUUGUAAUGGUAGAGUUGUGUGAACAAAGGACUAACAUUUUAUUAUUAGAUGAGGAGGUCAUAUUGAGAGAGGCCAAAAAUAUCAAUAUUUCAAAAAUAAAGGCGACGAUGGCUCAGAACGGCGUGUUCAACGGCCUGAUGUACAUCCUGCUGCUCAACAUGUCGGCCCACAUCACGCGCGAGCUCGGCAUGGCGCCCGGCGGUGAAUUCCGCCGCGCUAUGGCAGAGGCUAAGAAGAUCCGCAACUGCAUCGUGCAGCUGGGAGACCGCGCCAUAGACAUCACGCUGCACAGAGCUAUCGCGUCCCUCUCGUGGGGACAAACCAUACGCUUUAUCUGGCAUUUGCUCACCUCCAAUCAGAAUAUUAGCCUAGAGGAAGUGGAGAGAUGCAAGCAGAAGAAGAUGCUGGAGGACAUGUUGGAGGAGAUGGCGGAAGAGUUCCCCGCGCUCAAGCGCGUGUUCGUGGUGGAGCGAGACAUGUAUUUGUGCCACUCACUGCAGAUCGCUGCCCUGCAAGCACGCCGAGAGCCGUGUAGAAUAGUGGGCGUCGUCGGCAUCGGCCACGUCGCAGGCAUUGUAGAACACUGGGGCAAAAUAGAAUCCCAAGAUAUCGCCCCAUUGCUCAAAGUUCCUCCGCCGUCGCUGUCGACGCGCGUCAUCCGCGUGUCGGUGCGCGCGGCUUGCGCGGGCGCAUUACUGUUCGCGGUGUACAAGAUGAUCCCGCGCCGCUGGCUACCCUGAUCCCGUCCUCUCAUAAGCGCCACGCAGGUGAGUGUCAUCUGCCAACAGACCGGUGGGCUCGCUAAACUUGACCUACCGUCCUCAGCAACUGUGUUACAAAAUAAUACAAAUGGAACAGUUGUUCUUCUCGGUACUGUACACUUCAGUAAACAAUCCGUGGAGGAUGUCAGUAAGAUAGUCAAACAAAUAAAUCCUAAUGCAAUUUUGAUUGAGUUAUGUAGACAGAGAGUUUCACUCUUAGAGCUGGAUGACAAAAAAUUUUUAGAAGACGCUAAAAACUUAGAUGUGAAGAAAAUAAAGCAUGCAGUAAAAGGACAGGGAUUGGUUUCUGGAAUGCUUCACGCAAUGUUGCUAAAAACGUAUGCGGAUAUAGCAAAAGAACUAGGCGUUGCACCAGGAGGAGAGUUUAGGAGAGCUUAUCAAGAGAUGAAGAAAAUACCUGGUUGCAAGUUAUUUCUUGGAGACCGCCCUAUUCAAAUAACAAUAGCAAGAGCUUUUCAAUCUCUGACUGUACUAGAACUCGGUCAAGUCCUUUUUCACCUAACAAAAUCAAAUCCUACACCGUUAAACAAAAAACAAUUGGAGAAGUACAAAAAUAAAGACUACGUCCAGGCUCAAUUCGAAGAGAUCACGAGAGAAGUGCCCGCCUUCAAGAAAAUAUUUCAUGUAUUUGUUGACGAGCGGGACAAAUGCCUCGCGUUUUCUUUGCAAGAGUGUGUGCGUGCAGUUCAAGACCCCCGAGUGUUGGCCGUGGUCGGAAUGGGUCACGUCGACGGCAUUGUGAAAUAUUACGGCAAAAUGAAGCAAGAGGAUAUUGUGCCAUUGUUACUUGUUCCGCCACGUCCGUUUUAUUCAGUGCUAAUCGGUAAAGGGAUGAAAUACACAUUUUAUUUUUUGAUUUUUUCUUUUUUUACAGACUUAUAUUUGGCUAGUUAAAUAAAAUGGUUUGAAUCUCA